AAGCCGAGUCAGUGCACGUGGCCAGGCGGGGAGGAGCCACUAGCGGAGCCGCCGUUAGCUGCAGUAUGGCCCCCCCAUCCCUGGUCGCCAACCCCCGAGUCUUCUUCGAUGUGGACAUCGGAGGCGAACGCGUUGGUCGAAUUGUCUUAGAAUUGUUUGCAGACGUUGUGCCCAAAACUGCUGAAAAUUUCCGUGCACUAUGUACAGGAGAAAAAGGGAUAGGGCCUACCACUGGAAAGCCUCUUCAUUAUAAAGGAUGCCCUUUCCAUAGAAUUAUUAAGAAAUUCAUGAUCCAGGGUGGAGACUUCUCAAAUCAGAAUGGCACAGGUGGAGAAAGUAUAUAUGGAGAAAAAUUUGAAGAUGAAAACUUUCAUUAUAAGCAUGAUCAGGCAGGGCUGCUGAGCAUGGCAAACGCAGGACCCAAUACAAAUGGCUCUCAGUUCUUUAUCACAACGGUGCCAACCCCUCACCUGGAUGGGAAACAUGUGGUGUUCGGCCGGGUGAUCAAAGGAAUGGGUGUUGCUAAAAUAUUAGAAAAUGUUGAAGUGAAUGGAGAAAAACCUGCACAGUUGUGCAUUAUUGCAGAAUGUGGAGAGCUGAAGGAAGGUGAUAACUGGGGAAUCUCCCCAAUGGAUGGCUCUGGAGAUACUCACCCAGAUUUCCCUGAAGAUUCAGAUGUAGAUUUAAAAGAUAUUGACAAGAUUGUGUCCAUAGCAGAAGACAUAAAGAAUAUAGGAAAUACUUUCUUCAAAUCACAGAACUGGGCAAUGGCAAGUAAAAAGUACACUAAAGGCUUAAGGUAUGUGGAGGCUUCUAAAGCCAUAGCGGAGGAGUCAGAUACAGCAAAGUUGAAUCCUGCUGCCUUGACCUGCCUUUUAAAUAUUGCUGCUUGUAAACUGAAGGUGUCAGACUGGCAGGGAACUAUUGAAAGUUGUUGUGAGGCACUUGCACUAGAUCCAGCAAACACCAAAGCACUUUACAGGCGGGCUCAAGGCUGGCAGGGAAUAAGAGAUUUUGAUCAGGCACUGGCUGAUCUGAAGAAGGCUCAAGAGAUAACACCUGAAGAUAAAGGAACAUCAGCCUCCUUAUCAGCAGGAAAAGCACAUUUUAAAAAGCGAACCAAAAAAAAAAAAAAAAAAUACUCCAAAGGAGGAAGCACUAAGUGGAUGCAGACAGCUACCAGACAGGCAGGAGGAUUCAUCCAGUAAGGACCCUGCCCACAAAAGGCAGAUGAGCUGAAGUCAGCAAAGUACAACAGAAUUGCAAAAAGGGCAGAAGGCAGCAACCAGCCAUUAGAACAACAGUGUUUUGUAUUGGUGAGUACCAGUUAGACGUAUCUCUCUCCCCACUCACCUUCAUGACUUCUUCCAUUCAGUCCCUCCCUUUCCUCGCACUCCAGCCUUCCAGACACCACCUAUGCCAAACAAACCUCUCCAAUUUUCAUUCAAAUCCCUCCUUAAACAAUUCCUCCUUCUCUGAAGACUUUCACUGAUAAUCCCAGGGACUUUUGGUUUUUUUGUUUUAAGAGUAUAACACCAAGAACAACAAUGGCACCACAAUGAUGUAUGCUGGAACCACAAUGACG